GGUGUGGGCGGAGCCUGAUGCGGAAGUGCAGGUGCAUCGACGUAUUCUCCGUCGUCGCAACACACACUCACGCACUACCAGCGUAGUACGAGCCGCCAGACACAUACACACACAAGAUACCACUUCGAUUCCCGUCACAUCAUCCGUUUCCCCGUCCUUUAGAGCAACACGCGUGGGAGGACGUCGAGAUGGCGCUGAACAAGAACAGCUCCGAGUCGGGGGGCGUCAUCAUCAACAACAGUGAAAGUAUCCUGAUGAACCACGACAGCGUGGAGCUGGUGUUCUGUGAGGCCGACAGCCUCCCGGAGGCCUUCAGGAAGAGCAAGAAGGGAAGCAUCUAUCUAACGCCCUACAGGGUGAUCUUCCUGGCCAAGGGGAAGGACGCCCUGCAGUCCUUCAUGAUGCCCUUCUACCUGAUGAAGGGCUGUGAAAUCAAGCAGCCCGUCCUGGGAGCCAACUACAUAAAGGGCUCCGUCAACGCCGAGCCCGGAGGCGGCUGGGAAGGCGCCGCGACAUUCAAGCUGGUCUUCGCUGCCGGCGGAGCCAUCGAAUUCGGCCAGUGCAUGCUGCAGGUGGCCGCCCAAGCGUCCAGAGGUCAGCCAGCGACGGCCGGGUUUGGCGGCUGCCCAUACAUGGCCAACGGGGCGUACGCCUACCCCCCGCCCCCCACCACCAACGGGAUGUACCCGGCCGGCCCCCCGCCGGGCUACAACUACCCCAACGCCCCGCCCACAGGUGGGUUCUACCCGAACCCUCCAGCGUUUGACGGCCCUGCAGCCUACAUGCCCCCCCCUCCCUACUCUGCCCCCCUGGGUCAGCAGCCCCCACAUGUCCCUGACCUGCCGUCCACAUCAGCAGCGGAGGCCAAGGCAGCCGAGGCGGCGGCCAGCGCCAGCUGCGCCACGCUCCCUCCCUCCCACGUCUACCUGCCGCAGGACAAGCCUCCACCGUAUUCCCCCCCCGAAGACAAGAAGAACCAGUAGACCGGCGACACUGCCCCCCCCACCCCCAGUCUCCUCUUUUCUCUCCAUCCUGUGCUCAGAUGCGUCUCCUGCCCAGGCUACACUAACUCCCCCGUUUCUUUCCUUUGCUAAUUGGCUGCCGAGUAUAGCAAACAUAGCUGUUUUUAUUAUUAUUAAACCGUCCGUGUUUAUCGUAUAUUUUUCUUCUUCGUUCUGCGCCGGUUUUCCUCGACUGAUCCUCUCCUCGCGUAACGCUCAGCGCGUCUCAAUGUGAAUGAGUCGGCGGUCGUCGUGAUGACCCGGUGUUAGUGGAAGUCUUUAUUGUGAUGCUAUGAUUGUAUACAAGGGGUCGGGCUAACGCAUUGAGGCAGGCCCGAGGGGAGAGCGUUCUCAACGUCGUCUAACCUUAUAGUUUAGCCUGCAGUGAUCGCCCGUUCGAGUUGUUCAAACGUUUAUUUUGCACCGUACCCGAUAGAUUAAGCUUGGCCUGAUUGUUUAACAAGACUGAAACUAUUCCUCCGUUAACCUAUAAUGAGGCAAGAAGAAAUGCAGUGUUUUAUUUUUGUAUAAUUUAUUUGCGUGUACAGGAUUUUUGGCUGUAAAGAAAAUGAGAUAUUUUAUCAGUUGACAUAAUAGAAGACGUGCUUUUGUAAGGAUGGAUAACUGAGAGGGGGGGCGGCUGGAGUGGACGUUUUUAGUGGCUGAAUGCAAAGAUUAGAAUGGUGCUUAGUUGCGGUCCCUGAUCCAGGAUUAGAGAGAACAGAUUUAACGCUAUUACCGUGCGCGUGAGAGCAGAGAGUCUUGUCGGCCCGUUGUGGACACGGGGACGACUCGCUUCCCUUUUUCAGUGUCAGGUGAACAUAAAAGAAGUUUUUUGUUAAUUCUUCCCUGUCUGUUUUAACGAUGUGACCAAAUGGACGGCUGCGCUUUCAACUGACGUGUCUGAGGCCUGUCUUUUAGAAAAAUAACUUAAAAUCCAAGCACUUUACGAGUCUGGGCUUCAACCUCAUCCUCCUGUCGGUUCGUCCCAGUUAGGUUCUGUGUGACACGAGGCAUACAGCUUUUCUUCUGGGCGUCGAGCCACUGUUUGCUGUCUUGGCUGUACGUAUAUUAAUAAAAAAGCACUGUAUUUAAUCUAUGUGAUCUAUUUUGAAGUCAUGGAAAAAAAAACAAGCAUAAUCGCACCCUAAACUGAUGCAUGUUUGCAUUGGAGUGGAUUUUAUUAAACUGAUCUUGAUGAAGUGAAGCACAAA